AUGGAUCCCAAAGACGUCAAGGACCACAAAGACAAUGCCAGCAUCGACGAUACCUUCGCCGAAGGCACUCAGGAAGAAACAGCACGCGUCGUCGACCACAUCGCUGAGCGUCAACUAUGCCGCAAAUUUGAUAUUCGCUUGAUGCCUGUCCUGGCCAUCAUGUAUCUCUUCAAUGCGUUGGACAAAGGAAAUUUGGGAAAUGCGCAGACCGCUGGUCUAAGUGACGAUCUCAAUUUCAAGCCCAACCAAUACAACCUUUUGGUCUCAAUCUUUUUCGUCCCCUACGUCAUAUUCGCUCCUCCAGUCGCCAUCAUGGGCAAGAAGUUCGGCGCUGCUAGAGUCCUACCCAUCCUGAUGUUCACCUUUGGAUCCAUGACUCUUCUGGCAGCUUGUGUGCAGAAUUUUGGCGGUCUCUUUGCUCUACGAUUCUUCCUCGGUAUGGCAGAGUCCGGCUUCUUUCCGCUGGUCAUUUACUACUUGACUACAUUUUAUCGCAGAGGUGAACUAGCUCGGCGUCUUGCUGUUUUCUACGCCGCAUCCAACAUUGCCAAUGCCUUUAGCGGCCUUUUGUCAUUUGGCGUUUUCCAGAUUGAGUCCAAAAUGUUUGUUUGGCGAUACUUGUUCAUCAUCGAAGGUUCCGCUUCGGUCCUCUUCUCUACCUUUGCUUUCUGGUAUCUUCCUCGCUCCUCUGCAGAAGCCAAGUUUCUUGGCGAGGAGGAAAAAGCAUUGGCAUUUCAUCGCAUGCAAGUCGAUUCUUCAUCCGUUGUGCAGGAAGAGUUCAAUUUGAAAGAUUCUCUGAAAGUCUUCACGUACCCAACAACAUAUUGCUUUCUCAUGAUUGAGAUCUGUCUCGGUGUACCGAUUCAGUCCGUUGCACUUUUCAUGCCCCAAAUUAUUCAGAGACUAGGGUACGGUACGGUCAAGACAAAUCUCUACACUGUUGCCCCCAACGUCGGUGGAGCUGUCAUGUUACUUAUUCUGGCUUUCAGCUCUGAUUUCCUACGAAUCCGUUUUCCAUUCAUCAUGCUUGGGUUCGCAUUCACCUUUAUUGGCUUUAUCAUUUAUGCCGCCAUCUCAGACGUUCAAGCUCAAUUACAGUUGGCCUAUUUCGCAUGCUUCAUGAUGGUAUGGGGCACUUCGGCACCAUCAGUCCUCCUCUCGACGUGGUAUAACAAUAAUCUGGCACACGAGGGCAAACGAGUGGUACUCACGUCAGUAGGAGUCCCUCUAGCCAAUCUAAUGGGUCUGGUAUCAAGCAACAUCUUCCGUGAGAGCGAAAAGCCCAAAUACCCAACUGCUCUUAUCACGACUGCCUGCUUUGGGGCUUGUGGAUGCCUUAUUGCGGGUCUUUUGGGUGGAUUCAUGGCUUUUGAUAACAUGCGGAGGAAUCGCAAAGCAGGGAAAAAGACCACAGCAGCGGACAUUCCCACCCAGCGUCUCCGCGACGGGCCUUCAGUACCCGAAUUUCGGUGGUUUUUGUAA